AUGAAUUUGUUUUCUUUCAGUUCUACCAUACGUGCAGCUCCUAUCCUGGCUAAUCGAGAUGCCCGUUGUUCUCGAAACCUGAUAACCUUUGCCGAUUUGAAAACAUUGCGUGCAGCCAUGCCUCGGACCAUCACACCACUCCCGGAACCCGGUGCCGUGGCUCCGUCUGCUCCGAUACCUCGACCAAGACGGCGAAUGCGCACUUGUCCAAUCACUGGAUUGCCGGCGCGCUAUCUGGAUCCCGUCACCCUGACACCCUACGCAAAUCUGGCUGCGUUUCGUGUUCUGCGUCGACUUUAUGCAAUCCAUCUGGAAACGAACGCCGCCCCUAUUGAUCUGCUGCGAGAGUAUCGAAGUGGUAACAUUUCUGUGGACCCUGCCUGUUAA